AUGACUACUUGUUCUAAUUUUGUCCCGGGUCAAUGGAUACCAGAACAAUGUUGUGAAUGUUUUCAAGGAAAAGAAAAACAUGUUGGGAUCCAAGCACCAACAGCAACUAUAGAUAUGCCUAUUGUUACGGAUUGUAUUCAAUUAUCAAAACGGGCUUCUCAACCACACGAGCCAACCAAACAAGCAUCAAGUAUAGGUUAUCGCGCUCCAAUUAUAAGUCGUGAUCGUUCGUUCAGUGCUGCAGCAGGUGAUAAUGCGAAAGCUUUCCAAAGCAGUCACGAUAAUGUCACCAGAAAAUUGAGCGAUGUUCAAUUAAGUAAAUCGCAAACAGAUCAUAUUAUGGCAAACCAAUCAUCAAAGGCUGGUUCUACAACUUAUGAUGAUAUCGAACCGAAGACGCGUUCUACUGAUGAAAGUAGAUUUCAAGAAAUACAAGUUCCUCGUAGUUCUAUACUUUCAAGCAUUACUCAUUCAAGUAUAUCUCCUAGUGAUGAAAAUACAUUCAAAAACGAACAUGAACAACAACCAACGACUAGUUUUUACAAUUUGGAUAGUAUCCAAGGAAGCAUACCUGAUCACCCAUUAAUGUUUGCAGUGCAAGCAUUGAAGUAUAAGAAAAUCGCAACUGAUUUAGACGAGAGACUAAUUGGUUUGAUUGAUGAAAUGAGAUUGGAAUAUCCAACUAUAUUAGAUAAUAUAUUAGCGGAAGAGUAUAAGGAAAUUAAGAAAAAACGAGCCAAAAUCAUUAUUGCAGUUUUUGGUAGCACCAAAUCAUCAAAAUCAAGUUUCGUUAACUUUUUAUUACAAGUUGAAGUUUGUCCAACAGGAAAUCAAGCAGCGACAGCACGAUUAACCAAAAUUACUUAUGGUUCACGACUACGUUUAUCCCUGACAAGUUCCACAGGCAUUGAAAAAGAAACGACAGUUUUCAACGAUACAAGAGAACUUUUACAAAAAGCAAAAGAACUUAUUAUAUUGAAGAAUGAUGCUCGCAAAAGCAAACUAUGUGAAGAUAUAGUUGAGAUCGAAUUACCAAUUAGUGAAUUAAAAAACGUUGAACUGUGGGAUACACCAGGAUUUGAUGAAAAUAUGAUUAUUGACGAGCGCACAUCACGGAUAGCUGCUAAAUUAAUACCAUUAAAUGAUUUCAAAUUACAAGAAGUACUUUAUAUGCAUGAACUUAAACAUAAGAACAUUAUUAGUUAUUAUGGUGUUAAGAAAAAGACAGAAGAUCAAUAUUAUAUUAUUAUGCCAUGUUUAGAUUGCAAUUUAGUCACAUAUUUAACAGAAAAUUCCAAAAGAUUUACUAGUGACGCAAUUGAUCAAAUGAUCAUACAAAUUGUUGAAGGCUUGAAUUAUAUUCAUACGCAAUUGGAACUAGUUCACCGGGAUAUUAAACUGCAGAAUAUAUUAGUAAACAAACCUAAAACGUUGUUUUUAAUUGCUGAUUUAGGUGGCGUACAUAUAGAACCACUGACACAUUUAGGUACUGCAGGUUACAUGGCACCAGAAUUAUUUUCAGCCGACAAUGUGCCAUUAAUUACACAAAAAUGUGAUGUUUAUUCACUCGGUAUAGUUAUUCAACAAAUAAUACGGCUAGCUGAUAUUGAACAACAAGAUGAUACAUUAAUUAUUGGCUGGACAAGAAUAUCUAAACGAUGUGUGUUAAACGAACCUUCAAAACGUCCAACUUGUGAGAAAAUAUUGCAGAUGCGUCUUAAGAAUAACGAUUAA